AUGGCAACUCCACUUCACAACGCCGACCAGGAGUGGUUUGCCCGUUCACGAGAGAUAUGGCUGAGUACCGGUGUUCUCAACGCGGUUGAGCGGAAUAUGCUCUUAACCUCAGCAAACACAAAAUUUAGGCUUACCGGCUACCCACUUACGGGAAUGGAAAAGGCUCCGAAUGUUGGAGUACAGCUGAACGGCACCGGGCUACCGAGGGUGGUUUUUGAGUCGGGCUUCUUGCAAAGUGGGGAGAGUCUUCGGGAUGACAUGCUCGAUUGGUUCUUAGGUGGAGGGGGUGCUGUCCAGGCGGUCAUUCUGGUCAAGUGGAGACCGUCGCAGGCUCGUAUGCAUAUAAGGGGCGAUGUAGAGCUGUAUACUUUAGGGAGGGAUGGUAUGCCCCGGCUCCAAGAGUGCCAGCGAAUUUACCCGAGGCCCCCAGGACCAGCUGGCAGACAGACACUUCGCCUCACACGGAAGAUGUUCUUUGGGAAUAAUACUGGACCAGGGCGCAGCCCCAAUGAUGCUUUCUUGAUGGAGUUGGACCAGUUGCGAGCUGUGGCAGCUAUGGUAAUGCCCAAUAUGGGCUAUUAA